AUGGAUAAUGAUAUAUCAAUAGAAAGUAAUUCUGAAAAUCUGAUUUCUGAUGAAGCUGGUGAUCAACAAAUAUUAAAACAUUGUACAUCCAAAGUGCCGAUAAUACUCAAUAUUCGUUAUAAAACUCAAACAUUUCCUAUUGAAUGUGAUUUAUAUGACACAUUGAAAGAUCUCAAAGAAAAAAUCGAUAAAUUAACUGAUGUCGAUCCACAAGUACAGAAAUUAGUUAAUAAAUCAAUCACAAGUGUUAAACAUGACGAUGCGACAACAACAUUAAAAGAUUUGAAUAUAACUGAUGGGCAAACCUUAUUAUUAGUUGGUGCAACGAGAUCUGACAUUUUAUCAACUACUCGUGGCGCUGUUAACUCUACUGAUCAUAAAGAAUCAACAGAUGAUCAAGUAUCAACACAUAAAAAAGAACCAUUAUGUAAACAGACAAAACAUGAAAAAGUAUUAAAAGCAGGUAAACCCGAUAAUGCUCAAAUAGGUAUUCGUAAUAAAAAUGAUCCAUUGCCUCAGUCUAUUGAUGGUUUACUUAUGUCAAUGUUAAAUCAGUCAGCUAAAAAAGCACGAUUAACAUUUAAACUUGAACUUGAUGAAUUAUGGAUUAAUACGGCGGAAACAACAAAAAAAAUCCCAAUGACACAUAUACGUAAUGUUGUUGAUGAACCAAUUGAAGGUCAUGAUGGUUAUUCAAUUGUUGGAUUUCAAACGGGUACUACAGAAAAUUCAAUCAUUUGGAUCUAUUGGUGUCCAUCACAAUUUGUUAAAUCAAUUCGUCGAGAAAUUCUUUCAGAUCACUAA